UUGGCUUUACCACGGUAUCCCCCCUCCGGACCGGACCACACCGCAUCCUGUUGGGGCCCUGCCAGAGAAGGAAUCGGAGCCUGGGUUCCCACUGGGAAGUCCCGCGGGGUGUGAUGCAAGGCCUUCCCUGCCCCCCAGGCAGAUAAAGGCACAGAGCCAGCCUGGAGCUGCUAGCCAUCUCCGCGCGCCCUGCCUGCCAUGACCCGCCGCUGCGCGCUGCUCGCCUGGGCCCUCUCCGCCGUCCUCAGCCUCGGAGCGGCUCAAGAAGCCUCGGUAAGCUGCAUCCCCAUCGUGCCCCGCAGACAGUGGAAGGCCCGGGCGUCCGAGCGCAACCAGCGCUAAGACGGGCCCGUGCGCUACGCGGUGGUGUCGCACGCAGCGGGCAGCGCCUGGGACACCCCAUCCUCUUGCCUGAAGCAGAUCCAGAACGUGCAGCACUACCACGUGCGGACGCUGGGCUGGUGCGGCGUGGGCUACGGCUUCCUGAUGGGAGAAGACAGGCUCCAGUAUGAGGGCCGGGGCUGGAACACCUUGGGCGCCCACUCAGGUCCCACCUAGAACCCCAUAUCCCUCGGCAUCUCCUUCAUGGGUAACUACGUGGAUCGGGUGCCCCUGCCCCGCGCCAUCAGGGCAGCCCAGAGUCUGCUGCCUUGCGGCGUGGCUCAGGGAUUCUUGACUCCUAGCUACGAGGUCAAAGGACACCGGGAUGUGUAGCAGACGCUUUCUCCAGGCUACCAGCUCUACGAAAUCAUCCAGCAAUGGUCACACUACCACCACGUGUAAGGCCCUGUCCGUCUUCUCACACACACCCCCACCCCAUCAGAAACCCCACUGCCUCCCCCUCCCCCAAUA